CACAUGAAGCUAGCUGGCUGUGCAGUGCAGUGCUCUUCCCUUUUUCGUGAAAACAAAGACAAAAAGAAGCAAAUAGCCUGCUAAUACUACUAAACUAUAAUGGCUACUUCUUAUCCGAAGACCAUCUUUCUUGGGACCAUGGCAAUGUUGGCAAUUGUGUCACUACCCUUGGUUUCCAGCAGGGGUGCUUUUAGGGCGAUGUUCCACCCCAACCCACCGGCUUAUGCCAGACAGUCAAAGGUCGAUCCCGGGCAGCCUCUUUUAACACCAUACAUCGAGUCUGGGCAAAUAGCUGAAGGUCAGAAACUAAGUCGAGUUGGACCCCUUGAUGGCACUACAGUAGAAAGUUAUUCAGGAUUUCUGACUGUCAACAGCACCUACAAUAGUUCAAUGUUCUUCUGGUUCUUCCCGGCCCAGAACAAUGACCCAUCAGCUCCUGUGUUGCUAUGGUUACAAGGAGGUCCAGGAGGCUCCUCCCUCUUUGGACUAUUUGCUGAGAAUGGUCCCUUUCUUGUCACAAAAGAUCUAAAAUUGCAACCCAGGAAAUGGGCAUGGACUCAGAAGUAUUCUAUGCUGUAUAUAGAUAACCCAGUUGGGACUGGUUUUAGUUUCACUCAGAAUGAUGCUGGGUACGCAAACAACGAGGAGGAUGUAGCAGUCAACCUGUACAGUGCUUUGACACAGUUCUUCCAGCUGUUUCCUAAACAUCAGAAGAAUGAAUUCUAUGCGACAGGAGAGUCGUAUGCGGGAAAGUACGUACCAGCUAUCUGUUAUAAGAUCCAUACCGAGAACCCGACGGCUAAGGUCCACAUCAAUCUGCAAGGAAUGGCCAUCGGGGAUGGUCUUGUUGACCCCUACUCGAUGUUUCAAGGGUAUGGCGACCUGAUGUAUCAGACGAGUCAGGUGGACCUGAAGCAGAAGAAAGUUGUGGAUCAAUACACCGCCAAGGGAACCGACUUCAUUAAUCAGGGAAAAUGGCUGGAAUGUUUUGAGCAAUUUGACAUAGUGCUGAAUGGAGACCUGUUUCCAUAUCCUACUUUCUACUUCAAUGCAACAGGAUCCAAUAACUACUACAACUUCAUGAUGACAACUCUUCCAGCAGACACAAACUACUACAACAACUACCUGGCUUUUCCCGAGGUGAGACGAGCCAUCCAUGUUGGCAACCUCACCUACAACGACGGCAGCAAGGUGGAGGACCACCUUAGGGAAGAUAUCUGCAAGAGCGUCAAAGACUGGACUGUGGUGCUGGCUGAUAACUACAGGUGCAUGUUCUACAGCGGUCAGCUUGACAUCAUAGUCGGAGCAGCCCUCACCGAGAACUUCCUUCAAGGCUUAGCAUGGGCUGGGCAAGACGGCUACCUCAACUCCAAUAAAACAAUCUGGAAAGUCGACCCAAGUGACACAGAAGUUGCAGGCUUUGUCAGGCAAUACAAAGAGUUCUACCAGGUGACUGUACGAGGAGGCGGGCACCUUUUGCCUCAUGACCAACCAGAGAGGAGCUUUGAUAUGAUUGACAGGUUCAUCACUAAACAAUCGUUUGACAAGUAAAGUCUCCCUCAGAUAUGAUGUGGUAGACCUCUGUGUUUUUUUUUAGGAUGAUGUAACUGUAAUACUCUUCACAUUUCUUUAUCUUAUAACAGAGAGCUCAAUUUCCAUUGCUAUACAUCAUGCACAAAUAUAUGCACAAAAGAAAUGGUGAAUAGAUCACAAUAGAAAAAUAUGAAAUUGCCAAUUUUGUGUAAAACUGUUAUAAACAUUUAGAAAUGUCUUAUCCCUUAAAAACUAUUCUUUUAACCCUUUCUGACCAAUUUCUCUUAUUUUUCUGCUUUGGGGACUUUUCCUUUGAUGUUUGAAUCCUGUUUGCUGUUGCUUUCAUUCUAUAACUGGACCCCUCAUGAAACUUCUUAUUCAUCAAAUGUUUCAAUAUUUUCUACUUGACUGUAUAAGUUACUUGUGUCAUUGCAUGUGAUUAUCUAUGAGCAUAUUUGUUAUAGUAAUAUGACACUUGUUAUUGAUAAUUUGUUUAAUGGAACAGGACCAUGAUUUUCCACAAUACAACAUCGGGACAUUUUGAAAUAUGAAAGUUGUUGCUAUGUCAGGCAUGUCCUAUCAUUUGCUUCCUGUAUUUUUUAAAAUAGGGCUUUUAAACAGUAGUAUCCACCUUUAUGUAACCUCUUCCUCAAGUGCCUUACACUGGUCCUCAGAAUAAGGGGGGGGGGGGGGGGGGUUCAGGGGGCUCAAGCCCCCCUGACAUUUUAACCAAAAUUAUACUGCAUUGUGGGGACUUUACUCAUCUUUGACCGACCUUACUUUUAAUAUUUAUGCAUCGAUUCUCUGCAUAAAAACAUGGAUGUAGAAAUGACACAAUCAUUUUUUUUCUUCACGUAGUGUUUGUUGUGUUUGAAAAUACAUUUGUAUAACAAAAAUUAUGAUCAAAGGAAAAUAUGAAGUGAGUCUGGGAAUUGAGACUACAUCUGAACAUGUGCAAAACUAUUUAUGUGCAGAGAGAGGAUGUGCCUCGAGAUUCUUGAUGAGGCUGAGCAUGUCAUUAACUGAAAUCACAUUUCCUGAAAAUAUUUUUGUUGUACUUUAUGCCAUAUGGGAUUUCCAGCAGUUAAAAGAAAUGGCUCUUUUUUUUGACAAUCAGUCACACAUUGCCAUGGAAUAUUCCUCCAGAAUUUAAUCACUUGGAAGGUCUUAAACCUUAAAAUGUUUUUGAAAAUUUGUAUUAAAUACAUUUAUACAAAGAAGAAAAAAUAUUCUGCCUAUGAAUUUAGAAAUCCUGUAUAAUUGGUGCCAAAGGAAAUGGGAUAAUAAUGGUAGUACAGCUUAAAUUCAAGUUCCCCAUUGCUGUCCUCCGUUUUUGAAAUUUUUUCAAAGGUUAAAAAAAAAUGUAACUCAUGAAUUGAACCUGGGCUCCUAGCUUAGAACGCCAGUGCCUUAAACCACUAGGCCAUGGAGAUUAGGUUAGUUCUAGUGGCAAGUUUCCACUGAACCAUUAUUCUUUUAUUUCAUUUUGCACUGUAUGUAUUUCUACAAGUUGCCAAUUGCAUGUGUUGUAUACAAGUUAUAGUACACUCAUUUACAUGUUUGUAUACCGGUACUCAUAUAUAUUUUGGUUUAUUUACAAUGUAUACAAAAGUGUUCAAGUCAUACUCUAAAAGAUUGUAUUUGUGAUGUACCAUGCUAGUCCUUAUUUUAAGCCCACAACACGCUGUAAGAUCCGACUGCGAUCCAAUUUUUGAAGAAUUUUCAAUAGCAUUUGAUAUGAACAUUCAAACAUCUUAAAUCUUUAAUGACCAAGGAUCUGAAUAGUCUUCUGAUUAAGAAAAUCUAAAUGUCAAGGGAUUUUAAUGCUUCCAUUGAAGAGGAAAAGCGAACUCAGCUCAGAAUCGUAGUUAGGUAAGACCAGCAGUGGGAUUGUCUACAAUGCAGCUUUUGUUCUGACUAGAAGAGUACAAUUCACAAAAAUUCUGUUUUCAGUAUCCUUAACAUUAUUUAGAAGCUAAAUCAGGAAGUUGAUGUUUUUUUAGAUUUCCACACCUAAUAUGAUUGGAAUUUCCCUGAAAAUAGGAUCACAGGAGGAUCGUAAAGUGUGCUGUUUUUUUUAGAAAUGCAAUUACCCUCAUUUCAGUGCAGAGGCUGAGACACAUACAUCUGGAUGGAUGUGUGUACAGGCAUAUGUUUGAAAAUGAAGCGGAUAUAGGUAGGCCAACGUAAUUGAGAUUGUCAAGUACUAUAUACUUCAACCAAGGACAACACAUAGAAGAGAUGACCUUAGAUACCAGUAUUUGUUUGAUUUUUAUUUGAUAUUCGGUUACACAUCGCCUAUAAAGAAUAUUGCUUUCGAUAUAAUCACUUGGAAUGCACCAACUUUCAAAUCUUUAUUUCAAAUUUGUAUUCAGUGCAUUUAUCAGAGAAAAAUGUUGAUGUGAAUGAUCAGAAAAUCCUGUAUAAUUAGAAUCAUGCACAAAAAUAUUUAUAUAUGUAGUUACGUAUACACGAUGUAUUUUUAUGUGCAAGAUUGCUUUUUGGACACACAGGGCAAGUUCCAUAUUUACUGUAUAUGCUCAUCCUAAUUUUGAAGACAUAUUAUGUACCUGUCUUUCUGCUCAAGGCUCAGGUAUACAUACAGGUAUGUACAGGAAUAUAAUGGAGAUGACACUGGGUACAAUAGAACUUUGGGAUUCCAGCCUUUCAAGUACUCACUUUGAUUUUAGAUAUAUACAUAGGUCUUUCAUGUUUAUACAAACAAGUACAUUGCACAUGCUACUUAUUAUUUCCUUCUUGGGGGAAGGCUUGGAGAAGGGACAUUAAAGGGAAAGCCCUCCCUGACGUUUUAGUUGGUUUCAAUAAAAGCAGACAAAAUGGGAGAAACAGAUUAGUGAAAGUUUGAGCCAAUUCCCAUCUAAACGAAAUAAAAAAGUUCAGAAUGUAGGAAAUCUUUGAUGUAUCUUUUGAAGUCCUCAGCCAAUUUGCCCUCUAUGUAUUAAAUUUCCUUUUUAGGACAACUUAUUGAUAAAGGAAUAGAUUUGUUUCAAUAAAAGGUUGUGUAAGAACAUAUUUGAGUGAAUAUAUUAACAAUACAUGUAUGAUUGAUGACUUUCAUUAGAGAAAAUUAAAUAUUGUGUCGUUGUUUUUUAGUACAGAGUAAAUGGAGAAGACUUUGCAAGAUACGCAAAGAAUUGCCGAUUUGCAUUUGAUGGAUUGCAACUUCAAAAUUAAUAUAUUUGGUUUUUUUUUUUCAAAUUAGAUUUAGUGCAAACUUUCACUCAACUGCUUCUCUAUUUUGUUUCUGCUUCUAUUAAAACCAACUUAAUAUCGGGGUGGACUUCCCCUUUUAGAAAAUAAAUGCAUCAUGGCAUGAAAACAUGGAUAUUAAAUGAUGAUGGUGAUGAUGAUGAUAAAGAUAUUAUCAUUAAUGGUACAGGAUAAUUUCUGAUUCAUGCAAUUAAAUAUAUGUUUAUAUUUCAAGAAUGUAAGAAAUUUGAAAAAGAAAUAUGUACAGUGGAUCUGUAUCUCGAUUUUAACUGUUACUCUGGUAUUUUGAAUAAAUAAAUCUGACCAUA